AUUUUUUUGGUAAAUAUCAUUGGCGUUGAUUUCAUACAUAUGUACAUAUAAAUAUAAUUAGAACUCUUUUUUCUAAAAACAUCGUGGCAUUUAAAUAUAAAUAAUAAUUUUUCGUAAGAAUAAAUCUUGUCAGUGCUUUACAUUUCAAAUUUAAUAAAUUAAGAGCUAACACAUAUUUGGUUUCUUUUAAGAUUUUUAUGUAAUUGAGUUUAAUUAUAUAAAUAAUUUAAUGCAUGUAUUAAUAAAUAAUCUUUGAAAUUUGAUUUCCACAAACUUAAGAAUAUAUGCAUUUUUCAUUAAAAUUGAUACAUAUUACGUAAGAUAAAGUUUCGUAAGUAAUGAAAUGUCAAACAGUAAUAAAAUUACAUGCGGAAUAUUUAAUAGUAUCAUACAUUAGCCUUUCUUUUUUACAAUUACAUUACAGGUGAAUUCUUAUGUACAAGUUUUACACACUUUUAUAUACAUAAUGUACGAAAAGAUUAGAUCUCUUGAAUUUCCAGGAAUAAAAUUUUGGAAAAAAACAUUUUAUAUAAAAGUUGUAAAUUUCUAUGUGGCGCAUUACAUAAUAAUAUUAUGAAGACCUUAAAUAUCAUAAUCAAGUAAAACUUACCUUUAAUUUCUUAAACAAAGAUUUCUAUUUUCCUUUAAAUAUUCUUGCAAUUUAUUUCGAGAAGUUUUCAAAAUACUAUAAUAAAGUACUUUUGAUUCACUCCUUGGUAAGUUAUAAGGUUUGAAAGUUACACCGGCAUUAGCAUUAAUCCAAGAUCUAUUGCGUGAAAAUUGCAAGGUUGGAAUGUUGGAUUUACAUCUCCGUAUGAAAUAUACACAGACACACACAAAAUAAUAUUUUAUUUGCUAUAGAUUCUUGUACUUAUAUAAUAUUUUUUAUUACUUAAAAUAAAAAUUUUCAAAACAUUUCUGUUACAACAUUUCAAUAUUAUGACAUUUUGUAGAAUUUUUUUAGAAUUAUUGUACAUAAAAUUGCGAAAUGUCGAAAUCGUUCUAAAAACUUUCCACGACAAUUGAUGCUAUAUGGGUUAAAGGUUAAAUAAAAGCGAUUAAUGGUAUCAUGACAAGUAAUCGCAUCCGCAUUUGCGACCUACGACCUAGGUGUCUUACAAUUAAGUUUUUAUACCCAAGAAAAAAGCGUAUAAAACCGACAUCGAAUUAAUGUUUCUUUUUUAGAUCUUUUUACGCGUUUAAAAGAGAUUUAUAACUUGAUGUCCAUAUGGACGUUCAAAUGUUUGAAUUCUGACACUUUCUAAACAUUAAUCUCUUAUAAAAAUGUAAUAUCGGGCAGUAUUAAAUUAACCAGUAAUUAUUACUUAUUUUGAGUAUUAAAAAUAUUAACAGUAGUACUUUUAAUAUUAAAAAUAAAUAUUAAUUACUGGCCAAUUUAAUACUGCCCAGUAUUACAUUUUUAUAAGGGAUAUCAACUUUUAAAACAUCUAAUAGACAUCUAAUAGAUAUCUGUUUAAUAUAAUAAGAGUGUCUUCAGUCUCUACUAUAAUUCUUUAGGGAACAUUUUUAUUAGAUUGGGACAUAUUUUUAGAUAUAAUAAAUAUAUUCAAAACAAAUUGUUUAGUAAAUUAUUAUCAAGUUUGGGAAAUAACUCAUUACUUAUAAUGGCGUUACAGUUACUUUUUUUAGUAAUGGAAUAAUAACAGUGUUAUUUUCCUUUUUUAGUAUCUGUAAGGGUAACAUAUUUAAUAGUAACUUUUAUCGUUAUUAUCUCCAACUAGUAUUAAUAAUUUGUUCUCAUGUUAAAAACUAUCUUAAAUAUUGUUAAAUAUAAAGUUUUAACAUGUCAUAAACCAAUUAUAAUGCUGCAUACAUUUUAAGAACAAUUUUGAAUUUAAAAUUACUGUUAAGAUUUUUUUAACAUAUAAAUCGCACAAAAAGCACUAAGAUAUAUUAUAAGUUUAUUCACUUACCAAUUUGAAUGGUGUUAUACACAUACACGGUCUUCCAUAUAUAUUAUUGUUAUUUUUUAAAUUAUUUUGUAACAUAAAUUUGAAGAAAACCCUCUUUUUCUCUAUUUCUCUCCCCCACUCUCACUUAUUCAGUCUUAAAAAAAAUACUUUGAGUUAUAAAGGUAAAAGUUUAAUGAAGUUACUUAUACAUGAUAUUAAAAAUAGUUACAAAAUCUAGGGCUUAGAUACAUUACAUCAGCAUACAUUACAAUAAUCAUUUGAUCUGAUGUUUAUAUAACAGUGACCCCCAGUGAAAAAAGUCAGAAUCAUUUCUUGUGUACAGAUUAAAAAAUAUCACGGUGAAAUUUCGAGUAUUAAACCAGAUACAGUUAACAGUAAAAAAAAGUAAUAUACACAUAGCUUUUUUUUUUAAAUUAUUUAAAACAAUAAUUAAAAUGGAUGAUAAAAAGACAAGUAGAUUGUUGAACGGUAUUGACUUCGGUGAAGAGAUCGUUAUUUCUGGUAUUGCUGGCAGAUUCCCAGAUUCAGAUAAUAUAAAUCAGUUACGAGAAAAUUUAUUUAAUAAAGUUGAUCUUGUUAAAGCAAAUCAUGACCGAUGGAAAACAGAUAUCCCGGAUAUGUCAAGCCGUAUGGGAACAAUUCACAAUAUAAAAAAAUUUGAUACUAAUUUCUUCGAAUUAUCUUUCGAUCAAACUCAGACACUUUCGCCUGAAGCGAGACUGUUAAUGGAACAUUGUUACGAAGCAAUUAUCGAUGCGGGAAUCAACCCAAAGCAAUUACGAGGAAAAAAUACUGCUGUAAUUAUGGGGACAUGUUUUAUUGAAAUCCAAAAGAAAUUUCUAUAUGAAACAGCUCAGUUAAAUGGUUUGAAUAUUAUUGGAUGUAACAAAAAUACAACCGCAAACAUGAUUUCAUAUUACUUGGAUCUAAAAGGACCAUCACAUAUAGUUGAUACAGCAUGCAGUUCUAGCCUUUAUGCUGUGGCACUUGGUUAUAAUUAUAUUAUGUCAGGAGUAUGCGAAGACGCGAUAAUUGGGACUGCAAAUCUAUGUUUUAGUCCAACUAUUAACCUACUAUUCACUAAUCUUGGUAUUUUAUCACCUAAUGGUUAUUCCAGACCUUUUGAUUCCGCUGCAAAUGGUUUUGUGCGCGCUGAAACGGUGGCAGUGAUAUAUCUUCAAAAAGCAAAAAAUGCAAAAAGGAUUUAUGCUAUAUGUCCACAUAUUAAAAUGAACAGCGAUGGUUACAAACAAGAAGGAAUAACAUUUCCAUCGCCUUUUAUGCAGAGUACUCUACUAACGGAAUUUUACAAUGAGUGCGGAAUACCAACAUCUUGCUUGGAUUACAUUGAAGCACAUGGUACCGGUACCAAAGUUGGUGAUCCUCAGGAAGUUAAGGCUAUCUGUGAUGUUCUUUGUAAAAAUAGAAAAGGUCCAUUAAUGAUUGGUUCUGUUAAAUCUAAUCUUGGCCAUGCCGAACCAGCAAGUGGCUUCACUCAGAUUGCUAAGGUAAUAAUAGCGUUCGAAAGCGGUUUUGUCCCACCAAAUAUUAACUAUACAACACCACGAAAUGAUAUAGACGCCUUAAUGAAUGGAACUGUUUGUGUCGUCCAAGAACCGAUGCCACUUAAAAACGGUUACAUAGGUAUCAGUUCUUUUGGUUUCGGAGGUGCUAAUGUUCAUGCAUUAUUAAAGUGGAAUCACAAACAGAAAAUUAACAAUGGUUUACCGAACGAUGACUUGCCAAGACUUGUGAUAUUAUCUGGACGUACUGAAGAAUCUGUGAAGUUGUUUCUAAAUGACGUCGUUAAUCAUCCGAUAGACAAAGAAUACAUCCGUUUAUUACACGACAUCCAUGCAGACAAUAUAGAAGGACACACAUGGAGAGGAUUUAUUAUACUUAAUAAUCAGAAACAAGAAUCAAUAAAGGAAAUUCAAAAUUGUAAAAGCGUAAAAAGACCUGUUUGUUUUAUAUUUUCUGCUCUAGGCACACAAUGGCCAGGAAUGGGACAAAACUUGUUAAAGUUUCAAGUUUUUGCAAAUACAAUAAGAAUGUGCGAUACUAUUUUAAAACCAUAUGGUAUAAGUGUCACAGAUAUUUUGACAAGGACAGACGAAAAAUUGUGCGAAAACGCUUUAUAUGCCUUUCUUGGUAUCGUCGCUAUUCAGAUUGGCUUAGUAGACCUCUUAACAUCCUUAGGAAUUAUUCCGGAUUAUAUGAUUAGUCAUUCCGCUGGUGAACUCGGUUGCGCCUAUGCGGAUAAAUGUCUCACUAUUGAACAAACUAUUUUGUCAGCAUACUUUAUUGGUUUGGCAUGUAUUGAAGAAAAAAUAAUUUGUAGCUCUAUGGCACUCGUCAGUCUUGAUUAUGGAAGUCUAAAAAAUAUGUGUCCAGUGGAUAUUAAAAUAAUAUGUUACAAUAGCGAGAACAGCAUGGUUGUAUGUGGACCUACAGAAUCGGUACAAAAAUUUAUGAAAAAAUUACAGUUUAAUAAUAUUCACGUGAAAAAGAUCUUCUGCAAUGUACCGUAUCACAGUUCUUAUCUCGCAUCCGUAAAAUCUCAACUUCUGUUAAAUUUGAACAAUGUAAUACCACGGCCGAAGAAACGGAGUCCAAAGUGGAUUAGUUCUUCAAUAGCUCGUACGGAAUGGUCUACUUCAGCGUCAAGUUUAUCAUCGGCGGUCUAUCAUACGAAUAGUAUAUUAAACACCGUUCUUUUUGAACAAACUACAAAACUAAUUCCAAGUAAUGCUGUGACUAUCGAAAUCGCACCAGACAGCGUUUUGCAAAACGUUUUAAAAGGAUUCUUGGAUACAAAAAUAGUAAACGUUGUACUGAAUCGACGCAUUGAACAAAAUAUUAAAGUACUUUUAAGAGGAAUUGGAAGGCUCUACAAUUAUGGUUUACAGCCGCAGAUCGCCAAUCUGUACCCGCCAGUGGAAUUUCCAGUUAGCCGAGGAACUCCUAUGAUCUCUCCAUCAAUCAGAUGGAAUCAUUCUGACAAUUGGUUUAUAACGGACUGUAAAACAAUUAAGUACGUAAAAAGAGAAAGGUAUAUUGAAAUCGCACUUAAAGAUGUGGAGUACGAAUAUUUGACCGGACAUGUAAUAGAUGGGAGAAUUUUGCUGCCUGCAACAGGUUAUCUUGUACUUGUUUGGCAAACUAUUGGCAUGAUGAGAGGAUUAAUGUUCUCAACAGUACCGAUAAUAUUUCAAGAUGUAAAGUUUAUUCGUGCUACUCAUUUGACAAAAAAUAAUACUGUAACAUUAAGGAUUGCGAUACAGAAAGAUGGGAAAUUUGAAAUAAUCGAAGGUGAUAACAUUGUGGUGACAGGUACAGUGUACGAUACAUCGAAUCCAGAACAAGAAAUGAUUUCGACAGAUUUAUUAUCAGAGUAUAACGAUGAAGAAGAAGAAAUGACAGCUCGAGAUAUCUACAAGGAGUUGAAACUCCGCGGUUAUCAGUAUAAUGGCUGGUUUCGUGGAUUAAAGAGUGCAUCCGUUUCAGGCAAUAAAGGACAUAUUAUUUGGAAAAAUUGGGUAACGUUUAUAGAUAUCAUGCUACAAAUGUGUCUUAUCGGAUACGAUACUAAGAAUUUGUAUGUUCCUACGAGUAUUCAAAAACUGGUUAUUAAUCCUCAACUUCACGUUUCGAAGUUACAAGACAACGCGGAUUAUGUAAAUGAUACUUCAUUACCAGUACAAAUAUACAAAGAAUUAGACACAAUUACAGCAGGUGGUGUUGAGAUCCGAAGUCUUAAAGCUACUCAGAUUUCUCGUCGGAAAUUAACCCAACAGGCUGUUAUCGAGCAACAUAUAUUUAUAUCUCAUCAAGACCGCGCUGAAAUUUCUUUAAAUGAGGCGAUUCGGAUAUCAGCACAACUCGUGUUGGAAGAUCAUCAAAUCACUAAAGUGAAAGCCAUUGAGUUAGUAGAAGAUGUCGACGAUGUUACAUUAGAAUACCUUUCAUCAUCAUUGUUGAUUGAAGCUUUUGAGGAUAUACCAUUGAUACAAACGAAUGUCACUCUAUUAACAUCGCCGAAUCGUUUCAGUUCAGAAGACUUAUUACAAAAUAUUUUAAUCUCUGACAUAAACAAACCAACUGUAAACGAUAAAGUCUUAAUAGUUGCCGGUUUCAAUCUUCUGUCUAAACAUCAAGCUUCUUUAGAGCGACUUUUGCCAUUUCUAAAAGAAGGUGGCUAUCUGUUGACGCGUGAAAAGUGCGACAUAUAUGACCAUAGCAAGUAUCAGCAACAAUACAAAUUAAACCUUAUUCUUGAAAAACGCACCGAUAAAGAAAUGAUUGUUCUUAUGAAGAAGAAAGUUUAUGUAAAAAAUCAUAUUGUUGUGCGUAUAAGUAAUAAUAAUUUUAACUGGUUAGAUGAUUUAAAGCCGCUUGUAAGUGAUGAAAGCAAACUCGAGGAGGAUAGUAGAAUCAUAAUUGUUGGAGAGGGAGACUAUGAGUGUGGUCUGUUGGGUUUUGUUAACUGUUUGAGAAAAGAACCAGGUGGAGAACUGGUUAGGGGUGUGCUUAUUCAAGACAAAGAGGCUCCUAAAUUUUCCCUUCAAGACCCCUUCUAUUUACAACAAUUGGAAAAAGACAUGACUAUUAAUGUAUUACGGUCUGGUAGAAUCUGGGGAUCGUACAGACAUUUACGAUUACCACAACAGAAAGCCGAACCUGUUUGUACCGCUCACGUUAGCCAAACGAUUCGUGGUGAUUUGAGUACGUUUUGUUGGAUGGAAAAUAAUCGAUCUAUUGAAUUUCCUAUGGAAGAUUUGGUGUCUGUAGUUUACUCAUCUCUGAAUUUUAGAGAUGUCAUGUUUGCAACUGGUAAAUUAAUACUUAAUAUGACUAUUUCACGGGGACGGUUAUUUGAAUGUAUUCCUCUUGGAAUGGAAUACGUUGGAUUCGACGCCACCGGGCAACGAGUAAUGGGAGUGAAUGAUACUGAUUGUAUAGCAAACGUUGUUGUAAAGAAUAAAGAUUUAUGUUGGAAAGUACCGGACGCGUGGACAUUUGAAGAGGCUGCCUCAGUUCCAUGUGUUUAUAGUACAGUUUACUUCGCCUUAUACAUUUAUGGAAAAAUGAGAAAAGGCGAUAAAGUACUUAUACACUCUGGUACUGGCGGCAUUGGACAGGCAGCUAUUCAUCUCGCUCUCAAAGAAGGAUGCGAAGUGUUCACUACUGUAGGCACGAUCGAGAAACGAAAUUUUAUUAAAAAAGUGUUUCCUACAAUUUCGGAUGAACAUAUUGGAAAUUCUCGAGAUACUAGCUUUGAACAAAUGAUAAUGCGACAAACGAACGGUCGUGGCGUUGACAUCGUAUUAAAUUCACUGGCGGAGGAAAAGCUAAUCGCCUCCGUUCGUAGUUUGGCUCAAAACGGUCGUUUUUUGGAGAUCGGAAAGUUUGAUCUUGUUUCUAACAAUCCUCUUUGUAUUUCUGCGUUUCAGAAGGGUAUUAGUUUUCAUGGAAUUUUAUUAGAUAAUAUAUUUAUUGGUGAUCACAAGUAUAAAUCCAUAUUACGCAAAAUGAUAACCAAUGGUCUUAAAAACGGAACCAUCAAACCUAUUCAAGUAAAAGUUUUCCCGAAGACGAAUAUUGAAGAAGCUUUUAGAUACAUGGCGAGUGGAAAGCAUAUAGGAAAGAUAAUUAUAAAUAUCCAGGAAAAGGAUAUACUUUUAAACAAACCUAUUUCUGCAUAUCGUCGCUAUUACUGUCUCAAUGACAAGAAUUAUAUUGUACUAGGAGGUCUGGGUGGAUUUGGUUUAGAAUUAAUCGAAUGGCUGAUAUUUCGUGGCGCCAGAAACGUAGUGUUAAUCUCGCGAACUGGAAUAAAAAAUGGUUAUCAACUCAUGAAGAUUCGACUAUGGAAAUCGUAUGGUGUAAAUGUGCAGAUUAUCAAGAAUAUCGAUGUCGCCGAUCCUAAGGAUUGCGAAUAUCUCUUGCAAACUGCGGAAAACAGAGCAUCUGUGGACGCGAUAUUCAAUCUCGGUGUGGUACUGAAGGAUAACGUUCUAAAGAACCAAACAGCAGAAACAUUUGAAGAGUCCUUUCAGUCAAAGGCUCGGGCGACGCAAACUUUGGAUAAACUUUCCAGAAAGUUUUGCCCUAAACUGAGGCACUUCGUAGUUUUCUCUUCCGUUUCCUGUGGUAGAGGCAACGCUGGACAGACUAAUUAUGGCAUGGCUAAUUCUGUUAUGGAAAGAGUGUGCGAAAAGAGGGCGGAGGAAGGAUUACCCGGAUUGGCAAUUCAGUGGGGAGCUGUUGGUGACGUGGGUCUCGUCGCUGACAUGCGGGAGGACAAUAAGGAACUCGUUAUUGGUGGCACCUUGCAGCAAAAGAUAUCCUGCUGUCUGGAUGAGCUGGAUAAGUUUUUACUUCAAAGCCGACCGAUUGUAAGUAGUAUGGUUGUAGCUGAAAAGAAAUUGAGAUCUUCCGGACUAGACAGUUUGAUAGAUACAGUUGCUAAUAUUUUAGAUAUAAAGGACAUGAAAGUUGUAAGUCAAAAUACAUCUCUGGCCGAACUUGGAAUGGACUCAAUGAUGGCCGUAGAAAUCAAACAAACUUUGGAACGAGAAUUCGACAUUUUUCUCACUGCACAAGAGAUAGCUAGUCUCACUUUCGGCAAACUCAAUGAGAUGUCCAAUACGAACGUCAAUGAUAAUAAUACGCAGGAUAAGAAAAAUCUUGAUACAAAAGAGUCAGAUGUCAUAAAAUUUCUUGUUGGUAUUGUAAGAGAUAAAGAUUUUAUUUCAAAGACCUAUUUCGAUCUCUUGACUAAAAAACAGAAUACUACGACUGAAGUUUUUCUUAUACCGGGAAUCGACGGGUGCGGAACAGUAUUUGAUCAUUUAGCAGCAGAUAUUAAAUUUUCAGCAACAUCUUUACAUUAUAGCAUAAAUAACAUCGAUGCUACAGACGUCAUAUUGGAGACAACUGAUCGCCUCAUCAAUAGCAUAUUACCAAAAUUGAAAGGCGGAAAAAAUUUUGUAAUGGUAGGAUACUCCUUUGGAUCUGUUAUCGCGCUUGAAUUAACAAAAAGAUUGGAAGCUAUGAAUUUUAAAGGUCGUUUGGUUCUCAUCGACGGCGCUCCGGAACAGUUUCGAGCAAUAUUGAAAAAUUUUUCAUAUUACAGUGACAUAGAUUUUCAAACUGCUAUUUUAACCAAUAUCAUGGAAACUUAUUCAGCGGGAACUAGUAAAAAUAUUAUAACGGAACUGAAGAAAUGUGUCACUUUAGAAGAAAGAUAUAAUAUUUUCGCCAAGCAGUUCUUAGCUACAAACACGUUACUUUCACCUAUAAAUUUAAAAACGCUGUUUAUAACAGUUUAUAAAUUUAUAUCCUCUAUUCGGCAAUAUGAUCCUUCUUCAUUGGCGCCCAUUAAGUCUCCUAUAAUAUUAUUAAAAUCUACAUGCCCAUUGUAUGACACCUUAAUCGAAGAGGAUUAUGGUUUGCAGCAGGUAACUCAAAAUGUGGUGAAAGUAUAUUACCUAGAGGGUAAUCAUGUAUCAAUAUUGAAGAAUGACAAAAUCUUAGAUGCAAUUAAUGGAGAGCCACCAUUCAUAAUAUGAAAUGAAGCAUCUGAAUAAUACGUACGCUAUAAAAAAGGAAAUAUUUAAAGGUAAUAUGAAAAAAUAAAAAAUAAUGGAAAGUAACUGGAUAUUGAAUGGCAAUGCGUAAUAAAGGAAAAAUUUUUAUUUUUUAUCUACAUAUUUUGUCAAACAUCUGCAAAAAAUUUUCUUAACGAAAAAGUAAUAAAUCA